AUGGAUGCAAUCAGUUGCCUGGAGAACGACUCCUGGAAGCCCGAUAGUUCAGUGGGCUUCUACCCGUUUCGGUAUGAGCUUUCAGCGGUUGGCUCGCUCCUUUUGAGGGGAAACCGCCUAGUCGUGCCCACAUCUCUGAGAGUAAAAAUACUGGAGUUAGCCCACGAAGGACAUCCCGGCGAGACAGCAAUGAAACGCCGCCUGCGAUCCAAAGUAUGGUGGCCACAAAUAGCAGAAAAGUUUGUCAAAGCUUGCCGAGAUUGUUGCCUGGUAUCACAAGACAUCAGGCCACCCCCUAUGGACAGGAAUCCUUUUCCCACUGGCCCUUGGAUUUGGGUAGCGUCGGAUUUACUAGGUCCGCUUCCCAACAAUGAAUCUGUUCUAGUCUUCAUUGACUAUUUCUCACGAUAUAUGGAGCAUAAGUUUCUUAAAACCAUAUCUUCAACGACCCUGGUAGAGGCAAUGAAAGAGAUCUUCUGUAGACUGGGAUAUCCUGAGCACCUACGAACGGAUAAUGGACGCCAAUAUGUUAGCGAGGAGUUUUCUAACUACUGCAAAGCGUGCGACAUUAAACAAGUUCGAGCCCCACCGUAUUGGCCGCAAGCAAACGGGGAAGUUGAAAACAUGAACAGAGCCCUUGUAAAACGCUUAAAAAUAGCAUACGCAAAUGGGAAAAACUACAAAGAGGAAAUCCAAAAAUUCGUUCUUAUGUACAACGUAACCCCACAUGGAACAACAGGGUCUGCGCCCACAAAGCUGAUGUUCAACAGAGUCAUCCGUGACAAAAUACCGGGCAUUGGGGAUAUCUGCGAGAAUACCUUAGACUCUGGAGAGAGAGAUAAAGAUAUUAUUGAAAAGAAUAAGGGAAAGCAGGCAGCCGACAAAAGAAGAGGGGCAAAGGAAGUCGAUAUAGAAGUGGGCGACAAGGUGUUUUUAAAAAACGUAGUGUUCUCAAACAAACUUACAUCGAACUUCGACAUGACGGAAUUUACGGUUUUAGAACGACACAAUAACAUUGUGGUGAUCGAAGGGGGUGGUAGAAAACUAAGAAGAAAUGUCUCACAUCCUAAGAAAGUUCCAGCUAGCCAAACGUAUCCAGCCUCCUGCCCAACGCCGCAACCAGAUGACAGCUUACCGGAAUCAACACCUACCCCGGAGAACGCAGUACUCCAGGCCCCAGAAGGAAGCCUCGGGAUCCAGCCACCCCUGCCGCCAUUAAAGCUAAAACUUGUUAAUAAAGGAGGGAUGUGGCGACCGGCGUUGCCAACGACCAAGCAUCGGGAGAGCAGCGACGGGAGAGACGCUACCGAUGGCCUAGUAUCUGAGUGA